AUGCCAAUACUUGAUAACAAGCGGUACCGGCAACAGCUCCAGACAUGGAUUGGUGACUCGGCCUUGACCUUUGACCUCCUGUACAGCGCGUCCAGGGACGGCUGCAGUGGUGAAGCUUUCCAUGCAAAGUGCAACUACCAAGGUCCGACUGUUUCUGUCGGCCAUAACAGCGCUGGUUUCGUCAUAGGGGGAUACACGAGCAUCACAUGGACAUCACGCGGAAAUUAUUCUGAUGAUGACCGUGCAUUUUUGUUUCAGCUCUCACCAAACAUGGUUAAGUUCCCUCGCAAUGGGAAAGGGAACGAUGUUUAUGACAUUGCUACGCAUGGCCCUACAUUUGGAUGUGGUCACGAUCUGCAGUUUUUUUCCAAUACAUGCAGUAAAUCUGGCACUCAUUACAACACAGAUAGCUGCAGUUUCAUCGGUUAUAGUUAUGAUGCUAGUAGUUUUAACACCCAAACAUUUACUGGAAACAGCAACGCCUAUCUCGACAUUGAAGUGUACGCUGUAAAACAGUGGAAUCCGCAAGAUAAAUUACAUGUGUAUGAGAAAGACAAACCGUGGCGUAAAACUGACAUUAUCGACUGGAGCACUAAGACUAGAGACAAACUUUUUGAUGAGUUGGUGUCAUUCUCCACUCCAAGCCCGGCCAAAGUCCCCGCCGCACGGCUCCUCCUGGUGGGCAGUGUGGGGGCGGGGAAAUCCAGUUUCUUUAACACCGUCCGUUCUGUGUUUAAAGGCAAAGUCCGCAGCCAGGCGGCGACCGGAACGGCACCACAUGGCCUCACAACCAAGGAUACUGAGACGGAAGAGGCUGCCCAGCCCAUAUUUCAUCAACUUGAACAAGUCUUACCUGAUCCUGUUUCAGCAAGAGAGGAGAAACUAGAUGAUUCUGAUGUAGAUAGUGAUUAUAGGUCAGAUGAUGAGUUAUCGGACAAAGAAAUGUAUCGUGUGUAUGAGGUCCAAGCAGGCCACAAGACGCCUGCGUUCCGUCUGUGUGACACCAUGGGUCUGGAAGAGGACCAGGGACUAGAUGUGGGAGACAUUACCUAUGUGCUGGAUGGUCACGUGCCGGACCAUUUCCAGUUUAACCCUGCUGCGCGUAUCACACGUAAAUCUCCUGGUUUUGUGAAGGACCCUGGUUUGGCUGACGUCAUUCACUGCGUAGCACUUGUCAUAGAUAGCAGCACCUACAAGGUCAUACCUCCCAAGGUCAAAGACAAAUUGCUGGAUAUACAAACUUUGGCACGUGAUAGAGGUAUCAUCUAUAUUUCUAUAACCGAAAUUUAA